UUCACCUCAAUCAAAUACGUUUUGGCGAAAGGAAGACGAAAGACCAUGGCCCAGGCUACACAGAUGAAUGUCCCCGAAAUCAACACUCCGAUAACAGUAGAACACGAUAAAAAGAAGCGACAGUUUACCAUACGACUAAAUGGCUCUCAUGACCGUGCGGUCCUCUUGUACGAGUAUGUCGGGAAGAAGACUGUGGACCUGCAGCAUACGGAGGUUCCAGACGCCUACAGAGGGAGAGGCAUUGCCAAGCACCUGGCCAAGGCGGCCAUGGAUUUUGUGGUGGAAGAGGAUCUGAAGGCUCACCUUACCUGCUGGUACAUCCAGAAAUACGUCAAAGAGAAUCCCCAGCCUCAAUACCUGGAGCACAUCCACCCCAUGUGACCCCAUGACAGAGAGGAGUGGAGAGGGAGAGAGACUGAGGUAGAAAGCAUGGCUUCAUGCUUUUGGUUUGGAGGACUUUGUGCUAUGUUUUUUUUUUUUGGGGGGGGGGGGUGUAAGGGAGAGGGAAACCAUACUAUAGCUAUCUCUACAGACAUAAAGACUCCUUGUUGGAGAGCAGUGGUAGAAGAACUGUCCGAGUGCCAUUGACAUUACUCAUGGCCUGUCCUCCAUGGGAAUGGACAUCAGUGUGUGUGUGUGUAAAGAAAAAAGGAAUGUUGUAGAGUCUUGCUGUCUUAUUGUAUAUACAGUGGCAAGACUGUAUGCAGGAUUCCUGUUUUUGUACUGUAAGAAGCAAUGUCUCAUCACACUACACUACAAUACUGGCCGUAUUGCUUUCACUUAUCCUGUCUUGGCUGGUCAUUUGAAGAGGAGUGAACAACGGCAGGAGGAAAGGAACAGCUUUCUGGAGUGGAAUGCAAUCCUGAUCAUUCAGGAUGUUUGUCCUCUCGUCAAAACCAUCAAGACAAACAGCUGUUCAUUAGCUGAAUCAGGUGUGUUAGAGCAGCAUUUGCACAAUAGUGUGCACAUACAAUAGCUCUCCAGGAGGGUGGACCACACCUGGUUUACUUUAGACCAUCAACUUGCGGGCUAUAUCCCCUACAUGCAGUCAGCCUGUCGUAGGCUAGUGAGGCACUUCCCUCUAUUCCUGCUAUGCUGCCCAAGACUAUCUGUCCCCAUGUUAAUCAGGACAACCACUCUUCAGUAGGCCUACCCUUCACCUUAAAUGUUACUGUACAGGAAGCUGCUGUGCUAUCUGACAUGAGACAUUGCCAUAGAACCUUCAUUGACCGUGGGGGUAAUCUUCUACUGUCUGUAAAAGCACUAAUUCAGGGCUGUUCUACUACAGUUUAAAUCUUGUGUGGCAUUUUCUCUAUACAGUUUACAAGCAUGGCUUAAGAAAACAGAAAACUAAAUUCCAAUAUCAAGUAACAGGUUGUAUUUUUCAUUUGCUGAGUAUCUUAAACUAGAGUAGGGAUUCUCUCUGGCUUUGACCUAGGUGAGAUGUACUAUUUACUAGGUGACUGAAUGCAUACUGGUCAGGAAGGUAGUAAAACUGAUGACACAGUCUUCAGGGGAUGGCUCUGUAGGCCUACUGUCUGACAGAGAUGGGUAUAAAGUCUGCAGACAGUCUGAUUAUUUUCCAUGUCUCUCUUGUUUUAAAUUAAAUAAUACCUUAUUUGACUAAC